CAACAAGUGAGAGAAUUAUCUCACCUCUCAUCUCCUGGCAGCGCCUCGUCGUCAGACUGCACUACCCAACUGUGUCGCCACGUCCUAUGUGCAGCCCCCCUUGCGGUCUGAGGAGGAUGAUUGAACGCCGGAACGGCUUCAGUACCACAUCACGAACAGGAAGGGCACUCGUUUCAUUCCCAAAAACAAGUCAAAGUCAAUGCUAUCGGGUCUUAUCCGCAUAGAUGCUGGCUGGUGCAUCCACCGUCGAGAGCAAGUAAUGUAUACACCACUGAUACCUUUGGGUGGCCUUGGAUCUCCGAGGCAUGCCCAAUGGAGCUAAAAGACGCUGCCUUGCAGCAUGGCUUGGACAAAGGCCGUACAUGUGGCACCAGUGGGAGACAGAGAAAACGGCAGCUGGCUGCAUGAUGGCCGGCCAGUCGUCAGGCUCUAGACGCCCCAAACGGCAAGGUAUGGGACUCGGCGGUCGAGGUAAAGGCGGAGGAGGGGCAAGGCCGCGAGCUGCAUCAGAAGGAAGGGCAGGGGGGUGUCCAAAGGAUGAGCGGAGAAGCGACGAGGAAGAGAGGUGAGAGAAUGAUUGCAUCAAGAACGUCAGUAGAAGUCGGGUUGUAUAACUGGCUUGGCGGAUAUGGAUGACGAGGCGAGCGAAUGCAGUUAGGAAGGUUGGAGUGAGUGAGUGAGAAGCUAAGACAGUGAAUGAGAGUGACAGCGAGAGAGAGAGAGAGAGUGAGAGAAAGCGUGGACCACUUUCUUUCCCACCUCGCGACACCCUUCACGGUGCCCUCCCGCCUUCUCCAUUUCUUCU